GAAGACAUGUUUUCACUGCUACUUCUAUUGAAGUAUACUUUGAGUUCAAAACAUGCAGACAGCACUCAUGUUGGUGACUCAGCAAAAGCAGCUGAAGGUAAAGGUCAGAGGGGAGCUGCAGUGCAAGACAGUGAGGAAUUACACCAUGCUAAGUCUCACUAUGCUAAGUCUCAUAGUAAAACAUCUACAGUUCACUGUGAUGGUUCCACCAAGAAGAAACUUCCCUCACCACAACUUGAAGAGGAAACCCUCUUUUAUCGUGUGCUGUCUGCCAACAAUUUGCGAGUGCAUUCAGUAAUCAAGGGUGAUGGUAACUGCCUUUUUCGGGCAGUAGAGGAUCAACUUAAAAGGUUGGACAUACUUAGAAGCCACACUUACAAAAGUCUACGUGAAGUAGCAGUUGAAGAACUAGCAAGGCGGCAGGUAUUUAUUUUUAUUAAUCUUAGAUUUUAG